CGUGUCCUUUGAAGGGCCACGUGGAGCGACAAAGCUGAUCUGACGUCCCCCCUACCCCCACCCACCCCUAGACUACCCGGGGUGGGUGGGUUGUGAACCUGAACAUACACACAAUUUAAAAAACGGGUCUUUAAUGCAUGCCUUCUCCUCCUAAUGCCGUUUUCCCUAAUCCUAUGGAAUCAGCCAGGCCAUGAAUUUCCCCCCGCCUUUCUCUCUCAGAAAUGAUCGCUUUAUAAGCCGCCCCUUGGAAGUUGGGGCUCUGCAAUCCACCUGGGCCACUUGAGGAGGGACAUCGGGUGCUUUCGGCUACUUGCUCUCCACAAGCGGCUUCUUGCCACGAUGGCCUCCAAGUUGAAGGAACGGAAAAGGAUCCCGGUCUCCCAUAAAGUGAUCGAGAAAAGGAGAAGGGAUCGGAUCAACCGCUGUCUGAACGAACUCGGGAAGACGGUGCCAAUGGCUUUGGCGAAACAGAGUUCCGGCAAGUUAGAGAAAGCGGAGAUCCUGGAGAUGACCGUCCAGUACCUGAGGGCUCUUCAUUCUGCCGAUUUCCCUCGGGGAAGAGAAAAGGAGCUUCUAACUGAAUUUGCCAACUACUUUCAUUACGGCUACCAUGAGUGCAUGAAGAACCUCGUUCACUACUUGACCACAGUAGAGCGAAUGGAGACCAAAGAUACCAAGUAUGCCCGGAUCCUGGCCUUUUUGCAAUCCAAAGCUCACUUUGUCACAGAACCCAUCUUUUCCUCGCUGGGAUCUCUUCCAGAGUCAGACUUUUCCUAUCCGCUUCCUCCAGCUCCAGACUGCUUGGGUCACAGCACCAACGAUCCUGUUUUUCAGCAGGGAUCUGGGCAUGGGCACUUUUCUUGGCACAGCUCUGCUAGGAGCCCCAGUAUUCCUUACCUUCCCAAUACUCCUAUGCCCCUCACUAGUCCUGGGCAACAGCGCAGCACUUUCUUGUCAUCAGUGCAAGGUCUGGACCGCCACUACCUCAACCUGAUUGGCCAUCCCCACCCCAACACAUUCAGCCUCCCUUCUGGCCAGCAUCCCGCUGUGCUAUAGCCGACGACUGGAAUUGCCACCUUGGGUCCCUGUGUCUUUAAGAGCUGCACACAGAGAGAAGUGAAUGGCCUUUACCUUCCCGGUGCUACCACACCACUGAACCUCUCCCUGCUGUGUAGUUCCCAAAGGCCCAAAACACCUUCCAAGGCCAGGCUGUGCCAAGCCCACCUGCAUAUUACCUAUUUAUAUUACCCCAAGAGAAUAAAUUAUCUGGCACCACAGGCCUUUUUCCACAAAUGUAAAUAGAUAUGAAACUAAUGGUGGAGUGAGUGAGGUGAAAUAAAGAUGUACUGCUGAAAAAAGUUC